AUGUCCGUCCUCAACAACAACAACACCAACCUUGUCAAGUUCACCGAUCAAGAUCAAGUCAAUGAACCAAAUCAAAUUACACCAGAAGAUCUAGUAGAUCGAUUCCGUCGUCAAGGCUUAUUAGAUACCUUACGUCGAGAUUUAAUCAAAGAGUUUCAAAGCUCAGAAUUGAAAUCGACUUUUGAAAAGAAACUAGAAGAUAUCGUUUUAGAUAAACUAGCCUAUGAUGCAAGACGACUGAAAAAUGAUCAUGUUAGCAGAUUAGGAAGUAACUCAAGAAGAACUUCAAACGAUUUCAAAAUUGGACUUAGCGCUACUAAGGAAAGACAUGAGGAUGUACUACAGGAAAUUGAAAGACAUUCUUUGUACGAUCGAACCAUGUCCGAUAUGGAAGCUCGUUUUGUGGACCGUGAGGCAAUUAAAUACAAACUCUAUGACGUGUUAGAUGAAUUCAGGCCUCCUACAAAACGAAGAAGAGUCUCUCAAUCUCAAGAAGAACCUUCCAAGACGGUUACCAUCUCAAAAGUUGAAAAAGAGUCCCCUAAUUCGAUCCCAAACUCUGAGCCAGUGGAGGAGAAUUCAAACGCACACGAGACUUCGCAAAAUGUUCAACUCGGUCUCGAUCAGUCAAGUGAUUUAGAUGGGAUGCCGCUCAACAGUAACAAUUUAACAGACGCUGACGAAGCUAAAGGGUCGAACACCCAAGAUCUAGAGCGCGAGGGACCUUGCUCUUCACCAGAAAAGUCGCCAGGUGAAGGAAGAGAUAGCUCAACUCGACCUUCGCUUUCAUCUGCAGCGCCGCAUUCUUCUGUGCCGCCAAUUGUAACCUCAAAUGGUUACGAUGGAGAUGCUGUCAGCAGCAAUAACAGCGCUACGUGUGCUCCUAGACCCGGAUCCGUACGGCAAGCUCUGGAACUUCUUAUGGCCUCUGCACGUCGUGAAUCUAUGGAUCAAUCUGAUCAAGCUUCUGCUUCGACUAAUUUGGAUGGUGCUCCAUUACCUUCGUCAAGUCUUACCGAUAGUCCAGCAGAAGUGCAGCCAUCAGAAAGCUCUGCGGCUUUAAACCGAAUUAUUCCGACCAGCUCAUCCUUAGCCCCGGAAAAGCCAGCUUCAUCUAGUGCCCUAACAGCCAAGUCAACUACUGUUUCCCUACCAGAACAAGAUGAUGGAAAGGAUGAUGGUGAUGUCGAUGAUGAUCUAUGCGCAGCCUUACACAAACGAAAAUUAGCAGCAGAAUCAAAUUCAACGCGUAGUAAACUGACAAUCAACCUAUCCAAGCCAUCUUCUAAACUCACGCCUCGUAUUCCUCCUCAACCCUCGGCCUCAGAUUGUGCUAUCGAUGGACACUCAGUAGACAGCGCAGUGACCGAAUUCUUACGAUCUCUUGGACCUCCACCUGAGCAAGAAGGUGAAGAAGCUGCAGAUGAAGAUAAAGCCCAAUCGGUUGUAUCAUCGGAUAUUGAUGGCGCUUCCCUUUCUAGUGCUAUAUCUGCUUCAAAUAGACCUCAGGAUGAAUCUCAUCCUCCUUCCAAUAAAAACUCUGAUUGA